AAAUUUUCUUUGUGAUGGUCUGACACCCUUCAUAGCAUUUGUGAAAUCAACUCCAUCAUAGGAGUGAAAGCUCAUCAACCCACAUCCACAUGUUGACCGCAUCUUCCAUCCGUCAUGGAGAUUGUAGUAUUUGUAGUUCUAUUUUGCGUGUCUAACAUUGUUUAAUCUAUACCAACGUAGGGCUCUGAGGAUUGGGUAUUGAUUGAACACCAAGAAAGUUAUCUUCAAGAGCAUGACUGGAAAGUCAAAGAAACUAACAACUCUCCCACAUCUGAUUCCUUUUGGGACACAAGCAAGCAGGAAAAAGAGAUAAACCUUGCCAGGAUGACGCAUAUCGACGUAACCGAGUCGGACAGAAAAGAAAUGAAAAGCCAUAUUGAGGAAUUUCCUUCAGCGCAAUCAUCCAGAGAGGCAGCUGGAUGCUUUGAGCAGCGACCCAUUAACAAAGGUCGUUUUCACAUUCAAUUAUCGGCAAAUGCAGACCCGUGUCGAGACAAAUCCCUAAGCAAACAAUCUGAUGCCUCAAGCGCUGACGCAAGGGACGGUUUGGCCCCGGGCGUCCGUCAGACCAAGGAAGACGUGCAGAGAAAAAAUAAGCGACCCCAGAGCUUAAACCUGGCAAUGCCUCCAGAGCUCGUCCACGAGGAAGGAGCUAGUGAUUCUUCUGAAACUGAAAAUGAGGGCUUAGACUUGGGUACCGAUGAGGACAAAAAGUCUGAAAACGGAAGCCAUUGUGACAAAGAAGAACCGGAGGUCAUACCAGAGGAGAAAGAAAGCAAAGACGCUCCCACACAAGAUGCAGAACCAGUUAAAGGAAGCUCGAACCAGGAUGGACCGUCAGAAAUAAAUGGACCCGGAAAGAUAGACCAGGAAAGUUCUUUAGCAAGUGGAAAAGGAGAGUGCCCAAUGAAAAUAAGAGGAAAGGGCUUUAUUGACAAUAAAGAGCUAGCAGAGGUCAAAUUGCGACAGGUCAGGACACACGAGAGGAAGAUAAGCAAUUCUGGAGGAGAGGAGAUUGAAAGUCUCAUGGGAGACAGACGUCAGAGGACGUCACUGCACCGAUUGUCAGGCAGCCAUCAAUCCGAAAUCACCCGCAUCGUUCCUCUCAAACCCGAGCGAUCAAAGAGCAUCGCGUGUAAGGACGACAGGGCGGAACAGGACGAGCAAACGCGUGUCCUGAGAAGAGAAUACCGCUGGUCGGUGGGCUCGCCGGAGGGAUCCUCCGAUCUCAAUUGGACAGAUGUUUCCAGCCUCCAUCCAGCUUUUGAAGCCAAUUUGGAGAAAAUCACCAAACAAGAGCAUCCCGGUGACAAUUAUCACCCAUGUCGAAGUUCCUCUGAAAGUCAAACGUUUGCGUCAAAGAACACACCUCUUCCCAAGAUGAUUCCUCCAGCCCCACCAGUAAAAAGCAAGAAGGCGCGGGAAUCGGGACUAAUACUGCGCAACAGCAGGAAUGUCGUCAGAGAGACGAGCCAGGAAGCAGUCAAGAAGAGACACUCGGAGCCCGUCUCUGCUCCUUUUGUUUACGACGAUCCAUUUAUUGACGCCAAGGUUAUUCAUUUGGAUUCAAACUCAUUCGCAUGCCUUCUCAUCUCUACUUCUCCACUUUGCAUGAUUUUCAAAUAAGUGGAUCACUUUUCUUUUGUAAGGCUAAAAUUGCUUGAAUGUAUUCCUUUUCACUGACUGUCUCGCUUCAAUCGGCUGUGUUAAUUCAGAAGAAGAAGUUCACUUUUAAUACGUUUUUAUUCGUAACCUAAUAGUUUUUCUUUUGUACUUUUUUGCGUUGUCUGACUUUAAAACAGUAUUUUCAGAAAAUAAGCAGAUUUGUAUUUUUUGGACAUUUUCGGGCUCGGUGUCUGAUCAUUGUGAAGCCAAGCAUGCGUUCCAUCCAUCACAUGCCAUCGCCAUCAUCAGUCUGCAGUUUGUAAUCUUGGAGUGGCGCCUCUCUAUCUGUACC